GUUCCCUCUCGGGAGAAUCCGGACGCUCUCGAGGACCUGAGCGGUGUCAGUGGAAGCGCGCUUCGCGGUCCCGCUGAGCAGGCGCGAGAGGCCCGUGGCCGCGGCGGGCGCACGCCUUGCCCCGCCCCCGCUGCUCUCAGGCUCCGCCCGGGCUCGCGCUCACGCGCGCGCUCCCGUUCAAGCUUCGGUCUGGCCCGGGGGGACCCGGCCGGUGGAGGCUGGGCGGCUGAGGUACGAGGGGAGGAGCCGGAGGAACCGGAGCUGCCGCCGCCACAGCUACAGCCACAGCCACAGCCACAGCCGCCGCUGCUGCUGGAGAAGAGCAUGUCUGCAACUAGAGCCAAGAAAGUGAAGAUGGCCACCAAAUCGUGCCCCGAGUGCGACCAACAGGUUCCUGUUGCAUGUAAAUCUUGUCCCUGUGGUUAUGUAUUUAUUAAUAGGAAACUUCUAAAAGUAAAAUGCUCAGAGAAAUCAUCAUCUUUUACAGAAGUGAAUAGUACCAUAUCUUUGAAAGAUUUGCGAAUACUCUUUUUAUAUGAAUUUAAACUAGGACACAGUGCAGCCACAGCAAGUAGAAACAUCAAUUCUGUCUUCGGAAAAGGCUCUGUUAGUGAAAGGACUAUCCGGUGGUGGUUCGAAAAAUUUCGUUCUGGGGAUCUGAGUCUGAAAAAUGAGCCUCGAGGGAGACCCAGAUCUGUUUUAAAUGAAGAUCAGUUGAGAGCCAUGGUGGAAGCUAAUCCCAAAACAGCAAUUCGAGGCCUUGCAGCAGACUUAGGAGUUUCUGCUACAACAAUUUCUCGACACCUGGCUGCAAUAGGAAAGGUGAAAAAGUUGGACAAAUGGACCCUGGCAGAACAUGAAGACUGAAAGAUACCUAAUAUACUAGAAAACUACAGGCUGCCCCUGAGUUUUGAGCUUCUUCAUUGGAGGAAUGUGGAACAACCCAGAGUGUAUGUGUGUGUGAAAGAUGCUUAGGACUCAGCCAUGCAAAAAUCUGGGUAAAGAGGAUUUUAGGGGAAUAAGCAAAAGCUCUCAGGCUUUCGGAAGAUAUUUUUUGAAUAAAGAAGUGAAAGCAUGUUUCUGAUACAAGAGCCGUGCACACAGAAGACAUGGCAUACUGGUGCUUUUGAGUGAUAAUACUUAUUCUGUCACACAAAGCCAGUCCUUCGUCCAUGAUUAUUUAAAAAAAAAAUGUAAGUGGCCUAUCAGAGACCAUAAUUAAUGGCCUUUUUAUGAUUAUGUAGCUAGAUUGCAGUUCUGGCAUUCAUGGAUUAAGUUGGGGUAAAGAUACUGGGAUAGUUCUCUUCCUGCUUCUCUCCCUUCUGAUGAUCUACUGUGUCUAAUCUGUGAAGGAUAGCUAAGGAAUCCUAAAAGCUAAGAGGUGAGAAAAAGGCAUCUGGAAUGGAUUUUACUUGAGAGACAUAUAGGGAAGGAGGGAGGGCAAGGAAUGGAGGGAAAGAUGGAAUGGAAAUCCCCUAAAGUAGAAUUUGACUGUGAGCCAAAGAAUUAAAGGCCACGGGAUGCAUUAUUGCAAAUUAAAAAAAAAAAAAAAAAAAGAUGUCCCUUCCUUUGGGUAGAAGCAGCCCAAGUACUAUGACACAAAGCUUUGUGAGCAGGUGUUUUUGUCUUUCAGCUCUAAUUUACUCCCCUGGCUGGGUGCCCUGGUCUGUGGAGUCACCUGCUGAUUUUACUGCUCCAUCCUUGGGUAGUCAAGGAAUCUAGUCAAUGUUUUUGUGAAUUCCUUCUCAAGAAUGAAGAAUGAAUCAAGAAUGAAGCCUGAGACUUAGCUCAGACUGAUAGGGUAACAAGGCUAAAACCAGAGGUGUGGGAAGGACUUUAUAUGAAAGUCAGCAAGCACAAGGGUGAUGUCAAAUGGUCACAGAAGGUUGGCCAAUGUGGAAGAAAGUGGUGUUGUAUAGUUACUUUGUCUGGGUAGUAGUUGCUUUGUGACCAUCCAUCCUUCCCUCACUUCUCAGACCUCUCGUUAGACUUCCAGGGCUGGAUGAUGGACUUUGGUUUAAAAUAGUCAGCAGUGGGGCACCUGGGUGGCUCAGUGGGUUAAAGCUUCUGCCUUCAGCUCAGUCAUGAUCCCAGGGUCCUGGGAUCUAGCCCCGCAUCGGGCUCUCUGCUCAGCAGGGAGCCUGCUUCCUCCUCUCUCUGCCUGCUUUUCUGCCUACUUGUGAUCUCUGUCAAAUAAAUAAAAUCUUAAAAAAAAAAAAAGUCAGCACAUAUCCCUGUUCACUCCAAAUGAGUGGUUUCUUCCAAGAAGAGCCAGUGAAAUGUGAUGAGAGAGGGAAAGGAGCAGUUAUAAGAUGUUGAAUUAUCCUAUCAAUUAUCCUUACCCCCUCCAACAAGGGGUGUAGACUUGAGAGGCAGAAAUGAACCCUUGUUCAUUGUGAGCAAACACACGGAAUGAGUUGUGCCUGAACUACUAUUAGUGUAUUUUGGUUAUGUGAGAUAGUAAAUACCCUUUUAGCGCUCCAAAAACAAAGCUUUCAAAAGCUCCUUGGUUGAGUGUUGAAAGAAAGGAGUGGAGGUGGAGGUUGCUACAUCUCAUCUUCCCACCAUGUCCCUUAGGUAGCUUGGGUCCUGACUGCAAAAGGAGUAAGAAGUGGCAGAGCACCUGGGUGGCUCAGUGAGGUAAGCCUCUGUUUUUGGCUCAGGUCAUGAUCCUAGGGCCCUGGGAUGGAGCCCCAAGUCAGGCUCUCUGCUCCGCGGGGAGCCUGCUUCCCUCCCUCUCUGCCCUUCUGCCUCUCUGCCUACUUGUGAUCUCUGUCUGUCAAAUAAAUUAAUUAACAACAACCAAAAAAAAGGAGUAAGUAGUGGCUUUCAGAGGCAUCUGGCUGGCUCAGUCAGUAAAGCAUGCAACUCUUGAUCUUGUUGUAAUGAGUUAGAGCCCCAUACUGGGGUAGAGUUUACUUAAAAACAAAACAAAAAAGUGACUUUGAAUUUUGGUUUAUUAUAUACAUAAUAGCUGUUAUUAAAGAACUUCCUGCCUUGAUCUAAUUGCUUAAGUGAGACUAGAGCACCUAUAGCCACUUUAAUAGUAUGCGUGAAAGAUCUUGGGCACAGAGAUAGCGUCCAAAGCCAGUGGAAAGUGGACUCUUCUAGGACCUGUCAGUGUGUUGGACUCUGUCUUCCUCUUUCUGUUGGUGCUUUUGCCACAGUAGCCUCCUUUUACUUCCUUUGACCUCAGUUAAUUUGUUCAUGCUGCUUACUGGUCUUCAUGUCAUUAACUCUGCCUGUCACACACAUUUCCUUCAGGACGUCUUACCUGAUUACCCCACCAUACCGUAGGUCAGGUCCCUUGUCAUGGCCUUAGGAAUCCAGGAUGGUUCCUUCAUAACUAUAACCACAGUAGUUAUAUGUUUAUUUGUGUGAUAGUAUGUGUUUGUCAUCUUCUGUGCUAGAUUAUAAAAUUCACAACAGCGGGGACUUUUUUGCUCACAAGAUCAUACCCCUAUCAAGAGCACAAGGUCCAGCACAUGGUAAGUACCUAGUAAAUGUUUGUUGAAUGAAUGAAUAAGUGUUAGGGCCAGUCUCAUCCACUUUGUAGAAAACCGUUGUUUUGGUAUGAGUUUAAGUAAGGAAUAUGUUGAUAGCAGAUCAUUGAAAACCUAAUGAACCGUGGCUUAAAUAAGUAGAUUUUGUUUACUGUAACUUACAAAAAUUUUCAGACAUACAAAAUACCCAAAUUUUACAGUGAACAACUGUAUGCCAACCACGUAGAUUGUACCAUUUGACAUUUCACUCUGCUUUAUCACUUAUCUACUCAUGUAGCUAUCCUUUUUUAAAAAUGCACUAUAAUGUAAAGUAGUAGGCAUUAGCACAUUUUACCCUAAAUACUUCAACAUACCUAUCACUACCUAGAGUUCAAUAUUGCCUUCAGGCUCUUGUUCUUAUAAAUUUAAAUUCAAUAAAAUGUCCAAAUCUUAAUUGUACUGUUUAGUAUGUUUUGAUAAAUGCAAAUAUUUGUGUAACACAAACCCCUAUGAAGAUACAGACUAUUACUGUCAGCCCAGAAAGUUCUUUGAUACCUUUUUAUUUUAUCCCCACUCUUAUCCCUAAAGGCAAACACUGCUCUGAUUUUUUUCUACCAUGAAAUAGUUAUGGCUGUUCUAGAACUACACAUAAACGGAAUUGUAUAGUAUGUGCUCUUUUGUGUAAGGCUUCUUUUACUAAGCAUCAUGUUUUUGAAAUUAAUCCAUUUUGUUGUAUGUACCAAUAUUUCAUUCCUUUUAAAAGCUGACUAGUAUUCCAUGAAAUGAAUAUAACAAUUUUUCUAUUUACCUCUUUGAAACAUUUGUGGAAAUUUUUUCACAGUUUGAUCUUAUUAUAAAUAAAGCUGUUGUGAAUAUU